GGCAGUGGGACAGCGGUUCAGUGGGGCAAAGGUGAGGACGCGAGGAGCUAGACGCUGAGAACACAACAAAACACACUUCACUGUCACUCCUGCUGCUGACUCUGGAUGCCUGAGGUUUGGGUCAACAUAACUUGAACAAGGGGAAGAAAUGGCAAAUGUUUUGUCAGAGUCUCUGCCAGAGCAGACCUUUCAGUACCAAAGCAGUCUGCCACCCCUACCUGUGCCGUCACUGGAGAGCAGCCUUAACAAAUACCUGGAUGCAGUUCAUCCAUUUGCAUCAGAGGAAGAGUUUAAGGCAACUGUGGAUGUUGUGAGGAAAUUCCAAGAAGGUGUUGGCAAAGAGUUGCACCAGAAACUACUGCAGAGAGCCAAGACAAAGAAGAAUUGGUUGGAAAAAUGGUGGUUAGACUCAGCAUACCUGGAAGUCCGCGUGCCCUCUCAGCUGAAUGUGAACUUUGCUGGUCCAGGGCCCUACCUGGAGCACUGGUGGCCUCCUGCAGAGGGAGUUUAUCUUCAGAGAGCCAGUCUAAACGCAUGGUUUACACUACAGUACUGGGACCUGAUCCGCACGGAGAAGCUGGCUCCACAGAAAGCUGGGAAAGUACCUUUAGAUAUGGACCAGUUCAGAAUGCUGUUCUGUACCUGUAAAGUGCCUGGAGUACAAAAGGACACUAUUUACAACUAUUUUAGCACAGAGCGUGAGGGUCCGUGCCCCUCCCAUUUGGUAGUGAUGUGUCACGGACGGAUCUUCACAUUUGAUGCGAUUUGUGAUGGACAGAUCCUCACUCCUCCUGAACUGCUCAGGCAGCUGAGCUACAUAAAGGAGCGCUGUGAGCGGGAGCCAGAGGGAGAGGGAGUGGCUGCUCUCACCUCAGAGGAGAGGACUCGGUGGGCAAAGGCCAGGGAGCAUCUAAUAAGCAUCGAUCCACACAACAAGACCAUCCUUGAAACAAUUCAGAGCAGCCUGUUCAUCAUAUCUCUGGAUGAAACCAAACCCUACUCUACUCCAGAGAACUACACAAAUCUUACUCUUGAAGCACUUACAGGCAACCCCACCAUUCGAUGGGGUGAUAAGUCGUACAAUGCAGUCGUGUUCUCAGACGGCACUUUUGGAUCCAUUUGUGAUCAUGCUCCAUAUGAUGCCAUGGUUCUGGUGUCUAUGUGUUGGUAUUUGGAUCAGCAAAUCAAAGCUACAGAAGGCAAAUGGAAGGGCUCAGAUGCCGUCAGACCAAUGCCCCUUCCUGAGGAGCUGGUUUUUACUGUGGACAGUCAAGUCCAGCAUGACAUCAGCCUGGCCAAAAAGCAAUACAUGGAGACUGCACAGGAUCUACAGAUUUUGUGUUACGCUUUCACUGCGUUUGGAAAAGCAGCCAUCAGACAGAAGAAGCUACAUCCUGAUACCUUUGUUCAGCUGGCAGUGCAGCUGGCUUACUACAGAAUACACAAAGGGCCAGGAAGUUGCUAUGAGACUGCAAUGACUCGCAAGUUCUACCAUGGCAGGACGGAGACGAUGAGACCGUGCACCCAGGAGGCUGUGAACUGGUGUAAAGCCAUGUUGGACCCAACAUGUGACGUUAGCGCCAAGAGGAAAGCCAUGCUGUUGGCCUUCAAACGACACAACACGCUUAUGGCUGAAGCCCAGGAAGGACAAGGUUUUGACCGACAUCUCUUUGGUCUGUAUCUUAUUGCCAAAGAGGAGGGACGUCCCACUCCAGAACUCUUCAUGGACCCACUCUACACAAAGAGUGGUGGUGGUGGUAACUUUGUGCUGUCGUCCAGUCUGGUUGGAUACACCACAGUUCUGGGAGCUGUGGCUCCCAUGGUGCACCACGGCUACGGCUUCUUCUACCGUAUCAGAGAUGACAGGAUUGUGAUAUCCAUGUCAGCGUGGAAAUCCUGUCAUCAGACAGACGCCUGCACACUGUUCAACAACUUCUCCAGCUCCAUGCACGAGAUGCUUCACAUGGCCACCACGUCUCAGCUUUGAGGACAUGGAGAAGCUGAACACAUGAGCUCAUUUGCCUAAUACCUCUUUCCUCGUUUGAGCAUUAACAUACUUACAGUUCACAAACCCUCAGCUAAUAGCCAGCAAUAAGCAAAAGUCAUGUUUGUUCUCAGCACAGAUCAAUGCAAAAGCAAAGAAACACACAGUCAGCUGUGACUCUUUUCUUACUAUGAAGUGAUUAUCCGGGUGUACAUAUUUAUCCUGUUAUCAGCAUUUAUGAGCAUAUAUUUUAGAAGAUGGUGUUUUUCCUUAGUGGGUAACAAGUUAACAGACGCUGUUCUCUUGUUGUUAAUUAUGACAAAUAACUGCUGGUUUUGUUGAUUCAUGGCCUUACAUUUUAAGAAAAGACAUUCUCAAAUUAAAUAGCACUGAUUGUUUCAGUUUUUCUUAAUUUGACUUCCUGUGAAAGUCCCCACUUAAUGUGCAACAACCUUUUCAACGUUUGUGAGGCAGAUACUUUAGGUUGAUUAUGUGUCGAUACAAGAUUAUUUUUAUUUUAAACCACUGUAAUGUGUUUGUAUAAUCACUUUGGCUCCAUUGAGUUCAGGGUAGGUUUACAGGUUUUCAUGUGUUUCCAUCAAAAGUCUGUGAACUAGAAUUUAUCGCUUGGACUGUCACAUGUUCAAGUGGGUUGAGGGUUUGAUUCCUGGCUCUUCUAGUCUUAAAGCAGUGUGUAACCCCAAAUUCCUGGCAGUGUGUGAAUUGAUAUAAAUACUAUCUAAUGGAACAGACACUGCAUAUCCUAUAUAAGCAUGUAUUUGAAUGGCAAAACAGAAGCCAAAGUGCUUUAAUUACUUAAUACUUAAGUGUUGAGUAAAUAUGCACUAUUUAGCAUUUACAUUAGGCAGGAAUCUCUGAAAGGCCUGUGUGAAAGGAAACACUUACAAUAAGCAAAAACUGUUAUGACUCUAACAGAAAAUUAUAACAUUUAAUAAUUUCUGCUACAUCUAAAGCCUUAAUCUGUGAUUGACCUGUAACUAUGAUUAAGAUGAACUGAAAAAAUUAAUGUGAAUAUAAUUGUU